UCAGGGGCGUGGCUGCUGCAGAGCUUCCCAGUCCAGCGAUCCUAGCUGGAGCCGCGCUUUGUUCUGGCCGCCGCCUCCUCUACCCUUUAGCGUCUGGAUCCAUCCUUUGCCUCCCCCACUGUCCCCUUCCACCUUCUCCCUGCAUCUGGGUUUGCAUCCUCUUCCCCAACCGCUGCACUCCCUGGCCGCCUUCACUCCUGGCCGAGUCGCUGCCUGGGAUGCUUCUCUGAAUUCUUCCCUCUGCAUCUUCUUCCCCUUCGCCCUUUUUCGGGUCUGUUUUCCCCAGGUCCAGGUCGCUCCUCCCGGCCCCACCCCUCCAAGCCGGGAAUGUCCCUCGGAGCUCUGUGCCCAUGGUCCUGACCCUGCUUCUCUCUGCCUACAAGCUGUGCCGCUUCUUCGCCAUGUCGGGCCCACAGAACGGGGCCGACCGGUUGACUGUGCCGGGGCCGAAUGGGGGUAGUGGCUCGGGCCCAUGGUGGGCUACUGGCUUCCGAGGGUCCCGCGAGGUGUCGCCUGGGGUGGGCACCGAGGUGCAGGGCGCCCUGGAGCGUGCGCUGCCGGAGCUGCAGCAGGCUCUGUCUGCGCUGAAGCAGGCGGGCGCCGCUCGGGCUGUGGGCGCGGGCCUAUCGGAGGUCUUCCAGAUAGUGGAGGAGGCUUGGCUGCUGCCGGCUGUGGGCCGCGAGGUGGCCCAGGGUCUUUGCGACGCCAUCCGCCUGGACGGCGGCCUCGACUUGCUGUUGCGGCUGCUGCAGGCACCGGAGCUGGAGACCCGCGUGCAGGCCGCACGCCUGCUGGAGCAGAUCCUGGUGGCUGAGAACCGAGACCGCGUGGCUCGCAUCGGACUGGGCGUGAUCCUGAACCUGGCGAAGGAGCGCGAACCCGUGGAGCUGGCGCGAAGCGUGGCAGGCAUCUUGGAGCACAUGUUCAAGCACUCAGAGGAGACUUGCCAGCGGCUGGUGGGGUCUGGAGGCCUGGACGCGGUGCUGUUCUGGUGCCGCCGCACAGACCCUGCACUUCUGCGCCACUGCGCGCUGGCGCUGGCUAACUGCGCGCUGCACGGCGGCCAAGCGGCGCAGCGGCACAUGGUAGAAAAGCGCGCGGCUGAGUGGCUUUUUCCGCUAGCUUUCUCCAAGGAGGACGAGCUACUGCGUCUGCACGCUUGCCUCGCUGUGGCUGUGUUGGCAACCAACAAGGAAGUGGAGCGCGAGGUAGAGCGCUCGGGCACGUUGGCGCUGGUGGAGCCACUCGUGGCUUCGCUAGACCCUGGCCGCUUUGCGCGCUGCCUGGUGGACGCCAGCGACACGAGACAGGGCCGCGGGCCAGACGACCUGCAGCGCCUAGUCCCUCUACUCGACUCAUCACGCUUGGAAGCACAGUGCAUCGGGGCCUUCUACCUCUGCGCGGAGGCUGCCAUCAAGAGCCUGCAGGGCAAGACAAAGGUGUUCAGCGACAUUGGCGCUAUCCAGAGCCUGAAACGCCUCGUUUCCUACUCCACUAAUGGCACCACGUCAGCGCUGGCGAAGCGCGCACUGCGCCUGCUGGGCGAGGAGGUGCCGCGGCGCAUUCUGCCCUGCGUGGCCAGCUGGAAGGAGGCCGAGGUCCAAACGUGGCUGCAGCAGAUCGGCUUCUCCCAGUACUGCGAGAGCUUCCGGGAGCAGCAGGUAGAUGGCGACCUUCUUCUGCGGCUCACAGAGGAGGAACUCCAAGCCGACCUGGGCAUGAAAUCUAGCAUCACCCGCAAAAGGUUCUUUAGGGAGCUUACGGAACUCAAGACAUUUGCCAACUAUGCUACGUGCGACCGCAGCAACCUGGCGGACUGGCUGGGCAGCCUGGACCCACGCUUCCGACAGUACACCUAUGGCCUGGUCAGCUGCGGCCUGGACCGCUCCCUGCUGCACCGCGUGUCAGAACAGCAGCUGCUGGAUGACUGUGGCAUCCGCGUGGGCGUGCACCGCGCCCGCAUCCUCUCCGCUGCCAGAGAAAUGCUACACUCCCCACUGCCCUGUACUGGCUGCAAGCCCGGCGGGGACAUCCCAGAUGUCUUCAUCAGCUACCGAAGAAACUCAGGCUCCCAGCUGGCCAGUCUCCUGAAGGUGCACCUACAGCUGCAUGGCUUCAGUGUCUUUAUCGAUGUGGAGAAGCUAGAAGCGGGCAAGUUUGAGGACAAGCUCAUCCAGAGCGUCAUGGGUGCCCGCAACUUUGUGCUGGUGUUGUCACCUGGGGCCCUGGACAAGUGCAUGCUGGACCAUGACUGCAAGGACUGGGUGCACAAGGAGAUUGUGACUGCUCUAAGCUGUGGCAAGAACAUUGUGCCCGUCAUUGAUGGCUUUGAGUGGCCUGAGCCCCAGGCUCUGCCCGAGGACAUGCAGGCUGUGCUUACCUUCAACGGCAUCAAGUGGUCCCAUGAGUACCAGGAGGCCACCAUUGAGAAGAUCAUCCGCUUCCUGCAGGGUCGCUCCUCCCGGGACUCAUCUGCAGGCUCUGACACCAGUUUGGAGGGUGCUGCACCCAUGGGCCCACCUUAACCAGUUUCCAGUUCCCAGUCCCUGCUGUGUCUCCCAUUUCCAUGGUCCUCCCUGAAGGAACAGCUCUUUAAACAGAGUCAGCCUAGGCUCUUCUCAGGAAAUGGCUCUCCCUGUCCCCUACCCUCAUGGCCCACUUCAACAUCCCCUUCCUCAGUAUGUGGAAAGGGAAGGAAGCUGGGCUUGGGUGUGGGGGUUCCUCCUCCCUCAGGCCCUGCCAUCAGGUUCUCUGUCCCCCGUCCUCAGAGUUGUGUCCCUGCCAAGUUCUGGAAACGCAGGAGACUGAGGGGAGGGUCACGGCAUAUUCUCUCAUACGCCGCCCUGAGAGCAGCCGGCUUGAGUAGGCAGCCUCUGACAGAAAUCAGGGCCAUGUGCAGGCCCUGGGCAAGGGCCUGCACCUGGGAGGCAGCCAUGGACAGGCCCCUCAAUGGCUGUUCGUGGGCCCUGAUGCCACUUCCUACUGUCUUGUGGCCUUGCCCUAUAACCACUCAGUGCCCCUCCCAGCCUUCCUCACAGCUGGGGUCAAGGUUGAGCUGAGCUGGCCCACAGGCUGUAUAUGCCUCGGUUACUUUGCUGUGCUUGUGCAUGGGAGCUUCCUACCAGGGCCCAGUUCUGGGCAGGGAGGCCAUGUCUCAAAGCCCACCUACCCCAGGCCUUGGUGCUCUGCCUAAGAUGCCUGACCACCCAGGCCCUAUUGGCUUCCCCAGCUCCUCACCCACCCAGGGCUUCCCACCCACUUGCUCAGGGAAGAGGGGGACCAGGCACCCCCAACCCCCGGCAGCCCCAGUAGCCUGGACAGCACCUGCAGCUCUGUGGAAAGAAGCAAGAUCCUGAAGGGCAAGGGUGAUGACCUAGCGGUUUCUCACAAUGUCAAGUGCAUUCAGGAAUCUUGUUAAAAUUCAAUGCAAGAGACCUGAGGCAGGGCCUGAGAGUAUGCAUUUCCCACAAAUCCCUGGGCAAACCGAUGCAGGUGGUCAAGGGACCACACUAAGCAGAAAGUCCUUCACAAAUCUUUUGUCAUUUCCCAAACAUUCCACUCCUGGUUUCUGUAAUCAUUACAGCAACCCUGUCCAGUACUGUCCCCCUGUACUAGAAAGUAAGGAAGAAAGACUGAGUGAUAAAUCCCAUUUUUCAAAUCAUUAUCGGUAGCCCCAGGAUUCAGAGCCAGGUAUCCCAGCACCCAGGUCACUGCAGAUGGACUGGGCUGAUGAUUCCUGAGAAUCGUCUUGGUGGAUGAACCUCUGCAGGGCUGUGGCUUCUCCCAUGCUUCAGAGAAUCUAGCAGUGGGGGGAUAGGUUUUAGCCAAAAGGCUGACCCAGGGGUCAUACAGAAAUAGCUAGGGAGAAAUGUCCCUGUGGCCCUCCCUCCAAUAACCCACGCUCCAGCUAGUGGGGUCGGCUGUUACCUGCCCUGUACUUCCUUCUGGGGGCAGUGGGUUCACACCUCAGGGCUGGCUCAGCUCCUAGACCCCAGCCCUGCAGAGCUGGCCAGGUUUCUCCUUGCUUUUGGACCACAUCAUCAGGAAGCCAAAGAUCUCAUUGCAGGCUUGGGACUCCUUCCUUCCACUUUCCACCCUCCCCUUGUCUUAAGUGGAUCCUGGCCCAGUUCUGGCUUUGACCAUACACCAUCCUCUCCCAGACACUCAGCCCAAGUGCAUGCUAGUUCAAGCCCAGGAUUCUGUCCUGGAUGUGACAGACAAAGCAGACUGGAUAGUUGCCCUCACACAGUAGUCACUAAUACAGCGUCUGCAUACUCCCAGGGGGAUCUUUCUGCCUUUCUGUCCCUAUGGGUAGUACUCAGAGAAGUUCCUGGUUUUUCUUCAAGCACACGCUCCACCACUGUCCACCUCCACUGUCCAGCCUUCUGCCCCGUCCUCUGUCUCUCCAGGCAAUCAGGAGCCUAUUUCUGGCUCCAGACAGAGCAACUGAACUGAGGAGCCUGUCCCAGCCAGGCCAGUAUGUUCAGGGGUGGUGGCCGCCUCUGCCAUGUCAAACACUGCUCAGAUUGCAGCUAGGGCAAACAGCUGGGCCCUUAACCUCCACCUUAGAGCUCAUCCUGAGAUAGGGCUCAGAAGUAGCACCCCUCCCACAGCCUGCUCUGACUCAGGUCUGCAGAAUCAAGGUUUUUUGCUUGUCUGGGCUAUAGGCAUUGCCCCCAGAUUAAGGCUGAGUUAGGCUGAGUUAACAAGGUCCCUACCCCACCUCACCUGUCCCUCUAAGAGCUGCUCAGGGACAUUCAGAAAUCAAAAGUCCAGCCACAAUUCAUUCAUCCUUCUCUUUAGCCCAUGAAGAUAGGCAUCUCAUCCUAGAAUGUGUCCUGGAAGGUCCAUCCAGGUGUGGUUCCCACAUUCAGACUAUUUGGGGGCAUUGCUGAUCUAGCCUUUCCUAGAGGAGACUGCUCAAGUCACACAGCUAUCCAGAGUAGAGCCCGGCCUCAGGCCAGCUCAGCCCCAUGGUGCGGGGGUCAGGGAGGCAGAAGUCUGGCAACAAGGGCCCAGGCUGCAGGGACUCUAGCCAGCCCUGAACUACCCAUUUCACCUGCAUGAUUUUUCAGCCAGCAAACUGGCUAACAGGGCAGAUGAGAAAGUAGGGAAAAAUGGCAGCAGGCCAAGCCCCCAAGGGCAGUUCUGGUUUGAAGACUGAAGUAGCCCCUGAUUUGGGUCUGCUAGGGGACUUAUGGGUCCUUAUCAAAGCCAGUGCUUUAAUAUUAAAUAAGAUUCUACCUUUCAACUUCAGGUCCAGACCUUCCUACCUCCCUAGAAAUGGGUCCCUCAUUCUCUGGGAAGCUCUGGUCCAUGAAUCAUAUGGAAAAUCAGGUUCAGCUCCCAGUAGACCUACAGAGACACAGGGAUGGGCUUGGCACAUGACUGCUGAAGCGCUCAGCAACGACAGGUGUCAGAAGGCUGUGUCAACGAAAACUGAUCCUGCCUGGUGUAGCCAGGAAGAUCAGCGUAGGUGCUUCUGGAAAGUGCAUCUCACUGACCCUCAGGAAGAGGCAGCCAGAGCCCUGCCCAAGGUUUCCUGCUGGCCUCUUCCAAGUCUUGCAGCUUAUCACCUGACAGCUCAGGAGCCGGAUAGCCACACCCAGGACCAACCCCACAGGUAGCCCAGGGGCUCCCCACCCAGCCCAGCAGCAGCAGAUGGCUGGAGUCUGACCUAUGGUGAGCAGACCAGGAAAACAGAGGGCCCCAAAUACAAUGCCUUAGAGACCAGAAGA